AUGGAACGCUUCGGUGACGCGCGGCUAGUUCAACUGGGCGAGGUCGUGACCGGUCGUCGCUAUGUGCUGCUCACAGCAGCAGCUACGGGCAUCGCUAUGGCCAGUGCAGUGCAGCGUCUACGCCCCUUGUCGUCCAUCGAUUCCCCACUGUCACUGUCCACGCGGUUUGCCGAGGAGCUCAUGAACUCGCGCGUGGGCGCUGUGAUUAUGCUGCAUUUUAUUCUCGUUAUCCUGUAUUAUGCUUUUCUCCUCCUGGCACGCGCAGCACUAGGGACGCUGCAGCCAAUGGAGUUGCAGCAGACGAAAGAAACGCUCGUUCCGUUUGUUUUGCUGCGCUGUCAGCUGCUCUUGAGUACGAUGGAGUUUACCGCUCCAGGACAAGGCAUUGAGAUCGCACGGCUUGUGUCGUGGCUUGCCGUGCUGGUAGUGCUGCGAGCGCUGCUGGCGCUGACUCAAAUCCGGUUUCAGCACUUGCUGACGAGACCCAUGACCCGAGUGCGGGACUUGCAACGUCUAGGAGCAGUGCUGGGCCUUGUGAUCGUGCUGAAUCUAGGACUGCUUGCUGCGUGCACGCGGUUUGGUCUCUUCUGGGAGAAGAUCGUGUACGUGCCGUGGUUUGAGGCGUCGCUGAUGCUGCUGCGGACGCUGGAGCUUGGCCUACAGGUCGGUUUUCAUAGUCUGGACGUCAGUGGAGCUGCCGUGGCGGACGACGGGGUAUCAGCUCUGGGAUGGUGGGAGAAUCGGGAGUUUUACCUCUUGCUACUGCAGACGGUGUUGUGUGGAUGCUACUUGGUGCAGCUGGUGGCGUACUAUUUGUACGUUGUUAGUGUGGACCAGUUCCGCGUGAGUCUCUUCGAUCUUGUCUUGGUUCUGAACGUCAAGAACGCUACAGUGCGCCUGCUAGAAAAGGUGAAGCAUGUGAAGCUGUACCACCGAGUGGUACUGGACCUCGAUCAUCUUUUCCCGGAUGCUACAUCGGAGGAGCUCAAGAGCGUUGCCGACGACGUGUGUGCUAUUUGUUUGAAAUCGAUGUCUUCGCAUGCAAAGAAGCUGGACUGUGGCCAUCUUUUCCACAGACUGUGUCUGCGCCAGUGUCUCCAAAAAGCAUCCGAGAGCGACGCUCUGGUCGGUCUGAACCCGUUGACGCGUAUGUUGAACGGCCUGGGGAUGGAGAGUCCGUUUCCGCAAGUUGCCGGAACGAGGUCGUCGGGCUCUCCUUUGAUGCGCUGUCCCAUUUGUCGGAAACAAGUAUGUGGCGGACAGUGCGACAAGAUGACCUGCAGCCCGCCGGGCGAAUCGUCCCGCCAGCUCGAAGGCGAGACCGAGGAGCUGCGAGAAGCUGGACAGCCACAGCAUGAGCUUGCCACUACGGAUACCGCACAAGAUGACGUGCAUGAUCAUGUCGUUGCAGGUGAUGAUGGAGGCGCCUCAGAAGAAGUGAUCCGCUUCAGCACGGCGUUUCUGUCUCGAUGGGUGCCAUUUCCGAAUUUCUCGUUCGAGAUUGUCCGCCAUCGCAACGUUGAGCUGACAGAGGAAAUGCUGCAGCAAAUCUGGGAGGUGUUUCCGCAGUAUACUCUGGAAGAGAUUCGUGCCGAUGUUGCUCAAACGCGGUCAGUGGAACGCACAAUGGAACGCAUUCUCCAUGGACAUUUGGAUGAACAGCGGAUUGCGAUGGAGCAGCAAAACUUUGAUCGCGCUGACAUGGACGCAAACGAGUUGUUCGGUGGCGCCCUUGUCGAUUAG